UUGCUGCCCCCGCCCGCGCUCUCCCCACCGGCCUCUGCUUGGCCCAGUGCAAAGUCCGGGCGGUGACUGCAGGUGGCGGGUCUGCCGCAGGCCCGGCGGGGGGAUGCCUCACGACACCAAGCUAUACCAAGAGGUGUCAAAGACCUGCUGGCCCAUUAUCUACUCACCAAGAUAUAACAUCACAUUCAUGGGUUUGGAGAAGCUUCAUCCUUUUGAUGCUGGGAAAUGGGGGAAAGUCGUCCAUUUUUUGAAAGAAGAAAAUUUCCUUACUGAUGUCAUGAUCGUGGAAGCUAGAGAAGCUACUGAGGAAGACCUGCGGGUGGUACACACACAAAGAUACUUGAAUAAGCUGAAGUGGUCCUUUGUAGUGGCAACCAUCACGGAGAUUCCACCCGUCAUCUGUCUUCCUAAUUUCCUGGUGCAGAGACAUGUUCUUAGGCCACUAAGGACCCAGACAGGAGGAACCAUUAUGGCUGGGAAACUGGCUAUUGAACGAGGCUGGGCCAUCAAUAUAGGUGGUGGGUUCCAUCACUGCUCCAGUGACAGGGGAGGGGGAUUUUGUGCCUAUGCUGAUAUUUCACUCUCUAUCAAGUUUCUAUUUGAACGAGUGGAAGGAGUCUCAAAAGCCACCAUUAUUGACCUGGAUGCACACCAGGGGAAUGGCCAUGAGAGGGAUUUCAUGGACGACAGUCGGGUGUACAUCAUGGAUAUCUAUAAUCGCAACAUUUAUCCAGGAGAUAGUUUUGCUAAACGUGCCAUCAAACGGAAGAUUGAGCUGGAGUGGGGAACAGGAGACAGAGAGUACCUGCAGAAAGUGACUCAACACGUGGAAGAGGCGCUAAAAGAGCACAAGCCUGAUGUGGUGAUCUACAAUGCGGGCACAGACGUCCUGGAGGGUGACCCUCUGGGAGGACUCUCGGUUUCUGCCAGGGGCAUCGUGAAGAGGGAUGAACUGGUGUUCCAGGCUGCCCGAAAGCAUAAUAUCCCUAUCCUCAUGGUGACCUCAGGAGGCUACCAGAAAGAGUCAGCACGGAUCAUAGCUGACUCCAUCCUCAACCUGUUCAACUUGGGCCUCAUUGACCAUACUGAUGCAGACUGAAGAGCCCAGUGCACUGUGUAAAUGACUGUGACCAUCUAACAGGCAGCCUUUGCCAUCCCUCUCCCGGAAAAUUUUUUUUUUCUAAAAAUCAGAUGCAACAGGCAAUACUUUAACCUGAGACUGGUGUCAGGGUCAGCUGCAAUACAACAGAUCUGAAGCUAGGGCCCUGUAAGAUUCAUUUUUUUUUUUUGCCAUUUCAAAGACAACAGAAGGGGAAGGACCUGUUCUUGAUGAUCUGUUUCCAUGUAGAUCUUCAUCUUGUUCUGAGCGUGAAUCUUGUCUGAGGUUUUGGGGGAAGGACAAGGGAACUCCCAACUUUCUCUUGGCCUGUGGCAAAAUCCCUUACUUGGAAGGCAGGGUGAUUGCUGCAUGAGCUGACUGUGGAGAGAGGGAGGAGAUUGUGAUGAGAGGGAAGGUGGAGAGGAUAAGAAAAAGAGAGCAAGGCCUUUGCCAGAGAAUCCUCAAAUGGACAGUGACAGUGGGGUAAGUUCCCAUUUUAGAUUUUUGGAAACUACAUGAGGGAAUAAAGGAAAGGUGUGUGGAGGGAACAGUCCAAGAUCAGGCUUGCAGAUGAGUCAUGGGUAAGUAGUGAGGAAAGAUGUGGAGGUCAUGAAGGGCAGGGGCAAAGUGAGAUAUAGAAAGGAAUAGGGUUCUAAUUUUCUGUGAAGCCUGAAUUAGGAGACCACUGGUAGUGGGGAAAAGGCCCCUUUUUAUCAGUGAUCUCCUUCCCUCUCUUCUUUCUGUCUUCCUCCAAUCUGCACUUCCUUUUUAUUUCCCCUACUUCUUUCCUCCCUCAUUUCCUACUUUUUCCUUCUUUGGUUGUCCUUAUCUCUUUCUUUCCUUUUCUUUCUCCCCACCCCCAUUUUUGUCUCAUCAACUCUUCUGAUGAAAGAAGAGAAUUAAGGUUUUGUUUUUUGUUUUUGUUUUUUUGAGGAAGGAAGGGGUAAAACUGAGGUAUUUCCCAAUGUAGAGAAAAAGCUUGAAGAUCUCAGUCUCUCCUAUUUUGGACAAGCCUCCCUUCUAUGAUUGCAGACACUAGAGAAAGCAAACUGAAGUUAUGGGGUCUGGUCACAAUCUCAGAACCCCUGGAUUUUAUGUCCUGUUUUCAGGACUAACAUGAGGUUCUAACUGUCCAUUGGAUACCUGUUUGGGCUGGGACUUUGUUCUUGAAUCAAGAGAUAGUUGUGAGGGCAUUGGGCUGCCCCCCCCCAAAGUGAACCAAAGAGAACGUUAAAAUGUGACUCCUACAAACUUCCUGUUAAAUCUUAGGCAAGGCUCGAGGUAAAAACACUCUACAGCCUUAUGUAUUUAGCUAUAGCAGAGGUGAAAGAGGGAAGGAGGGAGAGAGAGAGAGAAAGAGAGAGAGAGAAAGAGAGAGAGAGAGAGAGAGAGAGAGAGAGAGAGAGAGAGAGAGAGAGAGAGAGAGAGAAUGUAAAGGCAUUACUCUCCAAUAUAUUCUCGCCUAUCCAAGGUGAGGGGAAUGGUUGUUUUUUUCUUUUUUGGAAAAGAAUGUACAUUAUGGGAUUUAUACCAUGGCUAAAAAUCUUCUCUCUAAAGACCGGAAAAGUGGUUCUGGAAUAGGGCCUUAUUUUGGCAUGUUCUCUGGAUGAGAAAGAAGCUCAAGGUUAAGGCAACUCUGGACCUCUGAUUUCUUACUAGAGUACCAGAGACACAUUUAUUGGCUAUUAAGAAGGAAAAAUUUCGGCUCACUGAUGGAGAAGUAUUUCCUCUGAAAGGGUCUUGGAAAUUGGCUCCAAUUUCCUUUCUAAUGUGCUCAUAGGGCAUGUACCUGGGACUUCAUCAACAACCUUAGAAAGUUCAGGAUAGAGGAGAACUUAGACUAUAGAAUGUCAGAACUAGAAGGGACCUUGGAGGUCAUCCAGUUAAGUAAUCAUUUUACAAAUGGGGAAACAGAUCCAGAAAAAGGACCCAUAAGAGCCCAAGAUCCCAUUAUCUGUUGUCUUUGAUGGGUAUUUACUUGAGGAGAAUGUAGAAGCUAUUACACUGAGGCAUCUAGAAAAGAUGAAACUGGACAAACCAUGCUGCUUUCCAGGGCCUCAGUUUCCUCAACUGCCAAAUGACAAAUGGUCUCUGAGAUUCAUCUAAGUUCUAGAUUUGUGAUACUAUGACAUUCCCUCAACAUAAAUGAGGGCAUUUGAAGGCAGAUUGGUCAUGAGGGGAUACUCUAAGCUAUCUCCUUAUCACCAUUCACUGGAGAAUUCCUUGAGGACUUGAUUUUGGCAGCUUUUAAGUAUGACUUUACCCAGUGAAUGGCUGUUAUUUAAAUAAAGGAGAGCACCUGCUUUGAUUUGAGAGACUGCCCAUCCUGAGGUAAGGAACACAUGGUAGUGAAAAUCCAGAGAUCCUAGCUCCAGCCCUACCGUGGUCACUGUAGGACUAUGUGAUCUUGGAAGAGUCAUUUAUACUCCCAUGACCUCAGUUUCCUCUUCUGCAAAAAGAGAGGGUUGCACUAGUUCUUAAAUAAGAUUCUGGUAUUGCUGCCUGUCAAGAAAUUUGGAAAUCUCUUCCACUAACUCACCAUGUAACCUUGGGUAAUGCACUUAAUUCUAUUUGAGCCUCAGUUUCCUCAUCUGUCAAAUGAGGAUAAUAAUACCUGCUCUAAUUACUUUGCAGGGGUGUCUCAAGAAGCAAAUUAAAUAGUAAUAAUAUUUUAAAAGCACUUUGAAAAACAAGAAAGCACUAUUUAAAUGUAAGGUAUUAUUUUUAAUAACAUAAAUAAAAGGGUUACUUAGUUUUUUCUGCUUGUGAUGAUAGGAUCCCUUGUGGACAGCUGGCCAGAAGUGCACCAGGUUUCCAGAGACUCCUGCUCCUAUCAUGCAGGAGGGACUUUGGGCACCAACUGGUACCUGCCCACUCCCCUAAUCCCUCACUUCCUCGCUCCCCACUUUGGCCAUAUACAAUGCACUUUGAGACCUGUUAAUUUGUUUUCUAGAUUUGUCAGAUUCGUGGUACUUGAUGAGUUUUUGUUAUUUUUUAUAAGAUUAUUUAUAUAAAGCUAAAAUGCGACGCUAGCACCAUCUUGUCUUUCAUAGAUGGGGUGGGGAGAGUGGGAAUUGUCUUUGUGGUUAACUUGUUUCUGUCACUUUUGGAAAUCAGUAAAAUAAUUUCAGCUGA